CUUCGCUGCUGUGUUGCCAGCUGUAGCCUGGUUGUGGGAAUUAGCUGCUUACGGCGGUUUUAUCAGCUGCAACAUGCGGAAUUUGUUGCUUUUGGUGUUUACAUUCAGAAGUUUAAAUGUUUACUUCGGCUUACAGAGCACGUUUCAAACUAUGCGGUUUAUAUUAUGCAAAUUAGCGAGGUGAAAUCGAUACCGUCUAGAUAGAAAUCAAGCACGUGGUAGUGAACAUGGUCGUCGCUACGCGAAUCACGUUUAGUCAUGUGUUGGCAAAUAAAUUUCCAAAUUUAGCCCCAAUGAACACAGUGUAAGAGUUCAUUCGCAUGUGUAUCAUUUUUGUAGUGUUAAGCUGUUUUUCGGCUGUGUUAUUUUUGUGUACUGCUGCUCCUCGCAACAGUCGUUGUGUCAUGUGCUAAAAUUAGCUUAGCUUGGGUUGACUGCGCACUUGUUUUGUGUCUCGUGUACCCCGUGAUUGGGCUUUUCUAAACACAGGUGAUGUUGCAUCUAAAAUGUUAGGACCUCGCCUGACUAGUGUUCGGCCGAACAUGCGCCUGCUAAUGGAGGUCACAUGUCAACAACAAAGCGUUAGCUCGAUGCUAACGGUGGAAAGCAUUGUUCUCCUCGGUGCCUUCCGGGGGGGCUGGGCUGCUGCAGCUGUCCUGACUCCGAGCGUGCGAUGCGCCCCCUAGCGGUCACGAUUAGAGGAAUCCAGCUGCCCCUGGCAGUGACAACACACAACAGCUGGUUCCUCUGCGUUAGGAAAUCACGACACCUCUGUUUAGAAGUAUCUCAGGCAUUUAAGCGUUUCAAUCUCCUGGAUAAAAGGACCGCAGCGUGCGACGCUCCAUUCAUAAUGUCUUAGAUUACAUCAUUAGUCAAAUUCGAAAUAACAGCAUAAACAUUUAUUUGAUCACAGAAGUUUUUUUUUACUGCAUGAAUAAGGUCCACCUAAACAAGCAUUCUCACAGUGAAUGAUUUUAGGGUGAUGAAUGAGUUUGUUUUAAGAGAUUAACUUAAACCCUGAAUGGUAUGACCUCCUUUGACAUGAAAAUACAGUAUUGAAAUGAUAAAUUGACACGCAGGUUUAUUUUAAUCAGCUGUGCUUUACAUCUAGCCUUCUGACUGUAAACUUCCCACAGCUGGCUCUUCAGCUUUGUUAAUGGUUCACACAUACACACCCAGCCCCCCUUCUGAUUUGGCGAACAUCCCCCUCAGCCCAGAGACUGCCCAGGAUCAGGAGAGACGGAUCCGCCGUGAAAUCGCCAACAGCAACGAGAGGCGCCGUAUGCAGAGCAUCAACGCUGGGUUUCAGUCCCUCAAAACGCUCCUGCCACACUCGGAUGGAGAAAAACUCAGCAAGGCAGCAAUCCUUCAACAGACUGCCGACUACAUCUUCACCCUGGAGCAGGAAAAAACGCAGCUUCUCACGCAGAACAAUCAGCUCAAACGUUUGAUCCAGGAGUUUAGCGGUUCCUCGCCUAAAAGGAGGCGAGCAGAGGAGAAGGAUGAAGGCAUCGGUUCUCCUGACACACUGGAGGAAGAAAAGGUGGAAGAGCUGAGGAGGGAGAUGCUGGAGCUGCGACAGCAGUUGGACAAGGAACGUUCGGCUCGUAUGCACCUGGAGGAGCAGGUGCGCUGUUUGGACACCCAGCUGUACCCGGAGCGACUGAAGGUGCUAACCCAGAAGGUGGAGGAGGAGCAUGCUCUUGUUAAGAACCAAAUGUUGCUACGGAUCCAGCAGAUCCACGCUGGGGAGAAACAGAUCCACAGUUCUCAGGUUCUGGCUCUUCCUGCACCGACCCACCAUCCCACAGUCAUCGUCCCGGCUCCAACACUAAACCAGCACCCCCACCAUCAUGUCACCGUGGUGACCAUGAGCCCGUCUGGCCACACCAGCUCCGUGUCCACCUCCAGACAGAACUUGGACACCAUUGUGCAGGCGAUCCAGCACAUCGAACGCACUCAGGAGAGGCGAGCCAGUGCCGAGGAUGAGCAGAGAAGAGCUGUCAUUGUUAGCCCCGCCCACGUUGCCAUGGACACUGCCUGCUCAGAGACAGAGACAGACACGGAGGGAGAGGACUGUUCCAUGAACUGACCGCCCCAAAACAAACGCACACAAACACUUAAAACUCCCACUCACUGUAAGAUUCCCUCCAGGAGCUCGACUACUUAAAAGUAAACAAAAAAAACCUUCCUUUGGCAUUAUCCACACUCCUAAGUCCAGUGGUUAAGCUCUGUGCCGCUCUUGUACUGUAAACGUUUAGGAUUUUUGAGAAUGAAAAAAAAAAAAUUGGAAGUAAAGCGUUUGGAAAAGGCUCUGCCGGGUUUCUCAAGUUUGAUUUGAGAGCCGGUUCGUCUCUACUUGAAAAAUUAACUCGUCUUCUUGUUGGAAAAAAAAAAAAAGCUCUCCGCUUUUGUCAGCCCCGCAGCGUGUGUGUGUGUGUGUGUGUGUGUGUGUGUGUGUGUGUGUGUGUGUUUGCGUCUUACAGUCACCGUAUCAUCGCCGGCACACAGACAGUAUUAAAACUAAAUAAUGGAGUUAGGAGGUGAAUGUAGCAAAAGCAAGCAGCUCUCCACGGAGUCACGGGGAUCCGGUUCACUUCAACUUGUUCUGAAUGUUAGAGUUUUGGACAAAGAAGUUUUUAAUUUGAAGAAGUAAAUUUUUAAAAAGAUUAUAUCAGAUUUACUUGAAAAUUUGUGCUUUUUAAAACUAAACUAAACCUCAAAAUAAGCUGAUUUGUUUGUUUUGUUUUAAUGUUUUUGGAGGUUUUGUUUAGAUUAUUUAGCUUCACGGUUUCCAAAUGCUGAAGAAUUUUAUUUUUAGAUCAGUUUGGAGGUUUGUCGGGUUUUAAGAGAGGUGAGGUUAAUUUCAUGAAUCAGUUUAAAUAUAACCCCCCUAUUUUUAUAAUCUGGUUAAAGUAGGGAGAUUAACGUUAAAAGUUUUUAAAAAGUACUUUUGUUUAAGCAACAACAUGUCUGCUGUUUUCACGAACAGCCUGUUUAAAUGUGAUCCGACCCUUUUGACUGAAUCGGACUCUUCCUCUCAUUCUGCUGACGUUAGAAUUGGAAACGGAUUGGGAUUAUUCGGGAUUCCGUUGGCUCCUCCGAGGGCCUAAAACGAUCGUCUGGUCUCGGUUUGAGGAUUUCAGUGACUAUGCACUAGUGAUGUUUGUAUUUAUGCAAUUUCAUCUUCUGUACGUGUUGUUGGAGUCAUUUCUAGAUGAGGUGAAGUUGUCUAUGCACCGUGGACGGGCGCGCGUGCGCGCCGCACCUACAGUUAUCGAAUGAAACUUGAUGUUUUAUCAAAGAAUGUAGUUGACUCUACUUGCAAGGUGCUUCUUUUUGCCGGUCAGCGUGGUGCUCCAAGCUGAGGCCUAAACCUUUCACUCCACUUACUAGUUUUUGUUUUUUGUGUGUUCCUGGAUUUAUUUUCAUUUUGCCCAAAGUAAAAAAAAUUGCCGUGCGACUUCUCACACGCAGAAAUAACCCAGUUACUUGCACCUAUUUUGGAAAACUAAAAACGAAACUAUCGGCAGCUUUGGGUGGGAAACUUUGGUUUUUGUCUGAGUCAAAUUAAAAAUAGCAAAAAUAUUGUGUGACACUGAAAGUGCAGAGAAAAGCUCUGAAGUGAAAAGCAGAUGUGCCACCCACAAUCCUCCCCUCCCCCUGAAACUUUAUUUUCCUUUGAAAUGCGCCGCGUCUGUGCACCUCAUGUUACUUUGCUUAUGUCUGCGUCGGGAACUUGACUGGAACGCCGCGCUCCGAGCCCCUCUCCCAUCAGGCUUGAUUCGAUUCGCUGACUUGAUGCUGUAAACAUUCCGUCAUUUGGAUUCAUGUCUGUUGAUGUUUGUUUGUUCUGUUGCCAACCCAAUGCAUAUUAGCAGUUUCCUCUGGUCUUAAGUGGCUUCUUCUUUAUUUUCUUUACCGUUUCAUUUUAUUUUAAGUGACACUAUCUUGUGCGGGAUGUUUGGACACUUAAUUCACUGAUCAGCCGGUUAGAUUAGUAUUUUCAUGCCAAACUUGGGUAUUUGGGGUGCUUUUUUGUUUUGUUUAGGGUUUUUUUUUUUUUGUAUUUGUGAAGCUUGGUUGUUGGGGGUUGUGUUGAUGAGGUGAGAGAAGCGUGUCACCCCCUGAUGUUUCUGUACAUUGUGUUGGCAUUUGGGGGACUUUUUACAUAUGAAGCACUUGUUCUAAACUGCCUGAAUCAGUUGUUUUUUCUUAUUGCUGCCUUUUUAUUUCAUUAGCUCUUUGUUCAGCUCUUUAGCCUUCAUUUGUGUUAUUUGUCUUGCGUUCAAUUUUUAGAGCCCUUUUAACAUUUUUUGACUCUUAUUGUUGUUGUCAUUGUUUUUUCAUCAGUCCAGGGCAAUGACAAGCUGUUAUAUUUUUUUUAUUAAAAAAAUUGGGUGAACAGGCCUUUGUAAAAGAUGAAAAAAAUAAAAUAAAAUUUGUACUUUUUUAUUACA